AACCGUAAUCUUCUUCGCUCGUCGACCACAACUUCUACUCUAGCCCGCGAGAUCAAGAUCUUCACCACAACGGCGACACCACUCACCGCCUAGUCUCCCUCAUUGCUACAUUCAUGUGUUUUCGUGUUUUGUCUCUCUGGUAAGUGGUGCUUCUCACUUCAUUGUCUCAUUCUAGGUUUUUUUUCCCUCCAUUUGCAAUGCCUACUCUGUUCGCGAUUGUCAAUUCUUGUAUGAUCACAGGAAAGGUGAAAUUUGCCUUCGUUGAUGAAACAAAGGUGUACUAUUCAGUUCACAUGAGCUUCAACAUUCGCAACAACAACGAAGAAGAAUGUGAGGCAACGAAUAGUGGGAAACAACUCCAAGGGAUGUAGGUAAUUCUGAUUUAGAUUUCUAAUUUGUUUCAUUUUCUUAAGGAGCUACCUGUAAUGAUUCAAGUUGUAGGUAAUUGUUUGUUCAUCACCUUGCAUUUGAGUGGAAAUUUUUCAUAUUUACAUUUCAUAUUGUUCUUGUAAAUCUGGAUUUUCAUUGACCCUCGUUUGGCUUUGUGUAACAUAAGAGCUUGUGCUCGCCAACAUGCCUAUUGUUCUCGUUUCCUUUCGCCGCCUUCGUUAGUCUCUUUUAUUGUGAUAAUUAUGUAGUCAUUGACCCUUUAAUAAAAGUCUAUCGCGUUGCGGCCAUAUAAGUCUUGUGACUCUUGUCUCAUUGCACGGCUUCCACUGAGAUUCAUUCGCUGCAACACCUUGUUUGGCCUUUCUUUUUUUUCCUCCUUUCGGUAUGUGUAUACUUCUUCCCAGGAUUUCUUCUGGCCUUUGUGCCUUCUUCACAGUUGCCUCACAAGCUUUUUUCAUUAGUUUCAUAAGAUGCCUCGGGGAAAAGCAAAUUCUUCAUCAACUGCUAAGCCAUCUGACUCUGAGAAGCUAGUUGAAUCUGAUGAGAAGGUUGAUUUUGAGGAGGAAAAUGAUCCAGAAGAAGCUAUGGAAGAAGAAAUUGAGUAUGAAGAAGUAGAAGAAGAAGUGGAAGUGGAAAAGAUAGAAGAGGAGGGGGGUCCAGAGGAGGUAGAGGUAGAAGAAGAGGAAGAGGAAGAGGAGGAAGAAGAGGAAGAAGAGAUUGAAGAAGUGGAUGAAGAGGAUGCAAUGCAAAACCAUAGCAGUGAUGAAGCAAAGGUGGAAGAUGAGGACGAGAAAAAAAAACAUGCCAAACUCCUUGCUCUUCCUCCUCAUGGGUUUGAAGUAUACAUUGGUGGCAUUCCUCAUGAUGUCUCAAAUGAGGAUUUGAAAUCUUUUUGCGAGAGAAUUGGGGAAGUUGCAGAGGUUCGAGUAAUGAAGGGAAAGCAUUCCAGCGAGAACAAGGGAUUCAAUUUUGUAACAUUUAGAAGUGUGGACUUGGCUUCUAAAGCCAUCAAAGAGCUGAAUAAUACAGAAUUUAAGGGUAAAAAAAUAAAACGUUCUACAUCUCAAGCCAAACACCGUCUUUUUAUUGGCAAUGUUCCUAGAAGUUGGGGUGUGGAAGAUCUGAGGAAGAUUGUUUCUGAGGUUGGACCUAGAGUUAUUGGUGUGGAACUAGUCAAGGAUAUGAAGAACACCAAUAACAAUCGUGGCUUUGUUUUUAUUGACUAUUAUAAUAGUGCGUGUGCUGAGUAUUCUAAGCUAAAGAUGAUGAGCCCAACAUUUAAGCUAAGUGAGAAUGCUCCAACAGUGAGCUGGGCUGAUCCUAAAAAUGCUGAUUCCUCUGCUGCAUCUCAGUUGGCAGUAUAUGUGAAGAACCUGCCGAAGAAUGUAACUCAAAAGCAGUUGAAGAAGCUUUUUGAACGUCAUGGGAAGAUAACUAAGGUGGUUCUUCCACCAGCAAAAUCUGGACAAGAAAAGAACAGAAUUGGCUUUGUACAUUUUGCAGAGAGGUCCAAUGUUAUGAAAGCACUGAAAAACACUGAAAGAUAUGAAUUAGAAGGUCAAGUUUUAGAGUGCUCUUUGGCAAAGCCACAGUCUGAUCAAAAGUUUGGAGGGUCAAACACACAGAAGUCAGGUUCAGGAUUACUUCCAAGUUAUCCACAACAUGUCGGUUAUGGUUUGGUUGGCAGUGCCUAUGGUGCACUAGGUGCGGGAUAUCAUGCUCCAGGUCUUGCACAGGUUUCUGAUCAAGGAAGUGUGCCAAUUAAUACAACAAGUUUUGUACAUAAGGAAAAUCAUAUGUGAUAGUUGAAGAAUAUAAUAUAAUGUGGAAGUUAAUUGAAUCAUUUUAUGUUUUGAGAACCAUUGCAGUACUUCAUGAUAGUUUUUACUGACUAAUAUUGUACUUGAAUUUGAAUUUGAAUUCGUAUAUUUGAUAUACUUUGAUAUACAUUUAGUCAUCUAUAAAUAAUUUGUCAAUUUGAUGA